AGAUUAGACACUCCCCCAAAGGAAAAGCAAAGAAAAGAAAAGAAAGCAGUUCUCCAUGGAAACGGAGAAGGAGAUCCUCCUCCUCCUGGCUCCCGCUCCCGCUCCCACCAUCUUUCUUCUUUCUCAUAUUCCCUCCCCACCACCUCGCACAUAUUCCCACCGCCUUUACUCCUUGCCGUCCCUCCUCCCGCACCCUCCGCGGCCACGCUUCCCGCAGACUACCUACGUACAUGCGGCGCCGGCGCUCUCCUCUGGCGGCGCUGUGGCUCGCCGCGGCGUGGGCUCUGCAGCUGCUCGCAGGCGCCGGGGCCGCGAACCCGACGUGGUGCAUCGUGCGCACCGGAGCGCCGGUGAAGACGGUGCAGGCGGCGCUGGACUACGCGUGCAGCCCCGCGGGCGGCGCCGACUGCGCGCCCAUCCAGGCCAGCGCCCUCUGCUACCUCCCCAACACCCUCGCCGCGCACGCCUCCUACGCCUUCAACUCCGUCUACCAGCGCUCCCACGCCGCGCCCGGCGCCUGCGACUUCGCCGGCACCGCCACCGUCACGCUCACCGACCCCAGUUAUGGAUCAUGCACCUUCCCUGCAUCUCCAGGCGCAGCCGGAUCACCCGGUUCAGCCACGUCUACAUCUCGACCACCGCCGGGCAACCGCAAGCCUGACCUUGGAUCAGACGACGACGAUUCUGACACCGAUGAGGCUCAUGUUGCCACCGCCAAUGCACCCUUCAUGUCUCUUGCCCUGUCAUGUUUCGUGUACCUGCACCUGCGCUGGUGGUGACACGGUAUGGAUAUUUGCGUAGUUAGGCUCUGUACGUAGAGCAUUGCGUCGCAGCGUCAUGAUGUAAGAAGCCACCACAGUUUUGUUUUUGGGAGGGAAUUCGUAGUGAUCGCUUGUAGCAUUUGUAACCUGCCCGUUCAAGCAAAAAGGGCUAGAGUGGCACACAUUUGGAUUCGUCUGAUUCAUUUGGAUGUUCUUUCGUGUCAUGAGCUUGACGUCUAACAUUUUCCCAUCUCUGAAAUC